GAGAGGCUGGGAAGCGGAGCCUGAGACGGUUGCCUGCCGCCGGCCGGCCGUCCGCCAGCCGGAGAGGAGCGCUCCGCCCGCUGCUGACAAAGGAUGGGAGGAUGCCUGCGCCCUGGGAGGCGGGCUCCGCGCAGCCGGGCGGCCGCCUGAGCGGCUUCUCCCUCCGCCGGAAAUGUACCCGCGAGGAGUUCUGAGACAAUGUCCUCAGAUGUUCCGCUGGGAUUAAACAAGACACUGCUGUAUUUCAAAUUGAAAAGGGAUAAGAGGAAGGAGAAAAUGCUGGGCUGGUGUGAAGCGAUAGCGCGUAACCCUCGCAGGAUCCCUAACAACACGCGGACCCCCGAGGGCUCAGAGGAAUGGGCAGACGCCUCGCAAACCUCCACACUGAACGACAAAUCCCCAGGGCGAUCUGCAAGUCGAUCAAGUAAUAUUUCAAAAGCGAGCAGCCCGACCACAGGGACAGCUCCCAGGAGCCAGUCAAGGUUGUCUGUCUGUCCAUCCACUCAGGACAUCUGCAGAUCUGCCAUCUUACAUGACAUGUCAGAAGCCUCAUUUGAGCAAAGCACCCCUGUCGUGGUGCUGAGCCCUGCUAGGAAGGAGUCUGGUAAGAAAUCAGUAAAACAGAGGCCUAGGAGGAAGAGGAGGGCUGCUCUGAGGUACGAGCACACAGAAGAACAAGUGAAAGGGAGAAGAAAGGAUUUUCACCUCCAAAUCCCCAGCCACCGAUGGAGUGAGACUGACACAGAUUCUUCAGAUUCAUCGUCCACCGAUGAGAGUCACUGGAUUCAGGCAAAACGAAGAGCCCAAGUGAAAUUCCGCCUGUCUCGGAGAAGGAGAAAUAAGAAACCAAGUGGAAGCUUGGAUGAGUCUUCCGCUCCUAAUGAAAUCCAUCCAGUACAUUUAGGAUCCAAAGAUAAAAAGCACCCGGAGCUGACCGAGUGUGAGAGCUACUCUUUAAAUCUCCACAGAGGAAGAGGCACAACAUACCAAGGAUGCAGUGUUUCCCUGCCAAGACGGUCCUCUGACAUUAAGAGACCGUCAGGGAAGGAUGAGGAAAGCAGAGGCAGGUACCACCACAGGGAUCCUCGGCUCUUGCACAGGCCUGGGCAAAAUGAAACAAUCAAGAGCAUGUUUUCAGAGACAGAUUCCAGCACUGAAAUGCUGGCAGUCAAAGAAGAUGGCAAGCCUGUGGAGGAUGCAGGAUUCCUUCAGAAGCCUCCUGCCACCUACCAUGAUGGGUCUGAUCAUUUAAAAGCAUGCAGGAUCUGUCACUGCGAAGGGGAUGAGGGGAGUCCGCUCAUCACGCCCUGCCGCUGCACGGGCACCCUGCGCUUCGUGCACCAGGCCUGCCUCCACCAGUGGAUCAAAAGCUCCGACACGCGCUGCUGUGAGCUGUGCAAGUACGACUUCAUCAUGGAGACCAAGCUCAAGCCCCUCCGCAAGUGGGAGAAACUGCAGAUGACCAGGAGUGAGAGGAGGAAGAUAUUCUGCUCUGUCACCUUCCACGUCAUUGCCAUCACCUGCGUGGUCUGGUCUUUGUACGUGUUGAUUGAUCGGACAGCGGAGGAAAUCAAGCAAGGCAAUGAUAAUGGUGUCCUUGAAUGGCCAUUUUGGACAAAACUGGUUGUGGUGGCCAUCGGCUUCACGGGAGGUUUGGUCUUCAUGUACGUACAGUGCAAGGUCUACGUUCAGCUGUGGCGCAGGCUGAAGGCCUACAACCGUGUGAUCUUUGUGCAGAACUGCCCCGACACGGCCAAGAGGCUGGAGAAGAACUGCUCCUGCACGGUGAACACGGAUGCCAAGGACGCCGGGGCAGUAGUGCCUGCCUUACAAACGGGGACCAACGCACUGCCACCUUCAGAGGGCGGCCCCCCCGAAGUCAUACCUGUGUGAUGGGGCCAGCCGGGAGCGUGUCACUGGAGUAUCGCCUGGCCCUCAGCCACUACAAGUGACAGAAGUGAUCCUGAGUUAGUCACCCUCAUUAUCUUCUCUCCUCUUUCUGACUCAUUUGUCCUUUCUUUGCUCAAAAAGAAAGGAGAAGAAACACCAAAUGAUCAGGAUCCCAUGAAGCAGUCUCAAGUGUGAAGAGAAAAUGUGAACAGUUGGCUGGAGAACGAUUUGUGAGACAAGGACCGCUGGAGCAAGGAAUGCUUUCAGGCAAUGAGGAGAGAUUAACUGGACAGACCCAUGAGUCUUCACAGUAACAGGGCAAGGUCAAGAAUACAGACUUGAAUUGCAACAUGUCUUUCUUCUAGGGCCUUGUAAUGUUACCUUUCUCAUCUGGAAAUGACAAACACAUUUGGUUUUAAGCUUGAAAUUAUCUGCAUUAUCCCUAAGGCACAUCAGAAGCAAACUCAAGAUGCAUAUUUUGAUAUUCAUACUUUGACAGCUAACAGGUUUUAUGGCUAUAGUGGAGUCCAGUUGUUUUGACAGAUGCAUGUUUUUAAAAUAGAUGCAAUACACAUUUCAAGAUAUUAAUACUUGGAAUUAUGUUUAAAUCAUGAUUUUCAGAGAUUUUGGGGUUUAAUUAGCUCUGUUAAAUACCCACAGAAGCCUUGUAUACUCCACCUGGACCCUCUAAAACAGUGUUGUCCAACAGAAAUAUAAUGUGAGCCACAAAUGAAGGCCACAUAUGCAAAUUUAGAUUUUCUCGUAGCCCCAUUAGAAAAAGUAAAAAUAGGUGAAAUGAAUUUUGAUAAUAUAUAUUAUUUAACACUAUAUAUACCCAAGUUAUCAUUUCAAUGUCAUCAAUAUAAAAAAAGUAUUGAGUUAUUUUACAGCUCUUUUUAUGAACCAAGUCUUCAAAAUCCAGUAUGUUUACAGCAUAGCUCAAUUUGAAUUAAACUUAUUGGCUAGUGCAGCCCUAGAAUUAGAGACAAAGCCUCUGCUUCAUUUAACAAUUGAAUCUUUCAAAACAGCAGCUUAAUUCACUUUUAUUCAAAGUAUCACAAAUACUAUUUUACAAAGCACUAAAUUAAUCAAAUUAAAUAUCUUGGUUAAGAGUUAGGUGAAGUUACCACUAAAUUAAUCAAAUUAAAUAUCUUGGUUAAGAGUUAGGUGAAGUUACCAUUUCUCUAAAGGGUAAAAAAACAAAACUACAAAGCAAUCUGCCUGUGGUAAGUUCUGAAAUUAACUUAUUUGCUACUAUGAAGCACUUAUAAUAGGGAAAAUAAUUUACAAACGUACCUUUUUUUUUAUGAGGUGUCAACUUGACAGAUGAGUAGUUAUGACCAAGCAUUAGACUGUAUUUUAAAAAGCUGACAGUAUUUCCCUUGCUCAGCUGGGAGGCAAAAAUAUUCAACAGAUUCUGUGCUAAGUAAUAAAUUGAAUUGUUUAGGUUUGACAGUUCAGUUGAUUAUUGUAUUCUUUGCAUAUUCAUGUAAAACUGAAAUGUGAAUGACAUAGCAGUGAGCUAGAUUAAUGAUUAUAAAUAUAGUGUGGCCUGUUAAAGAGAGAUGUCUUACAUAAAAUGAGGUGAUUUAUUUUUGCUAGCUGUCGUAUUUAUUAUUGUGAAAAGGCAACCGUGAUGGCCAUAGAACCAAAGCAUGGGUAUCGUAUUGCACAAAUCUGGGUAUCACAUUGAUGCACUUUGUAAUUGUCAGUGGGCUUUUUCAAAACUCACACGUUACCAUAGGGAAAGAAAAGAGAAAUAACCUUUUACUGAAGAGAAGUCUGAUUCGAUAUGAGUAGUGGCUGACACUGAGUCCAAAUAGUCCCAGUUCCUAGAAAUAAAGCAAAGGUCAACAGUAUCAACUUUGUGUGUGUGUGGCAUGUGUUUGUUCCUGUAUAUACAUGAGAAAAACGUCAAGGUAUUCAGUCAGGCAGGAAACAAAAGGUUUAAAACCCAUCUUUCUUAAAACUUGCUGUAGGAGUGCGGAAUGAAGGCACAGGAAAAACUAAGUUGAGGCAACUAAACUGGACCAAAAUUUCUGCACAAAUAAAGACAUAGUGGUGUAAUUAAAAAUAUAUGAAGCUUAAACAACCUGGACUUUGUAUUAACUCCUUAAAUCUCCAUUUUCAAGGUUUAAAAUAAAUGCACUCAUGGAUAAUGAAGCUUUAGGGGAUUUCACCGUGGCACCUCACCCAAGGGAUUAAAUGUGAUUCAUUCUUUUCUGAUAAUUUUCCUAAGCAUUUUACUAAUCCAUUUCUCCUGAGGUUUAGCAAUGGCAACAGUUGUUUACAGAUAUUCCUGAGGGAACAAAAUCUAGCCACCAGCAAACAAAGAAAUGUUGAUUUCUCUUUUGUUUGCUCUGUAAGGAAAAGGAUUAUUUACCUGAAUUAUACCAUAAAUACCAUUUAAAUUCUGUCCAAACUUUAGCAAUACAGGUAAGUGCAUAAUUUCACAGUGGAAGACGAUUGGCUUAAUAAGUAAUAAUUUAUUAAGGGGCAUACCAAACACUAAGAAAUUCUAGAAUGAAAAGUAAGGAUAAGCAUUACUGUAUUAAUGAUAAAAAAUGACAUGGUGUUUUAAAACCAUACGUAAAUUCUCAAAAUGAACUUGAAUAGGCUUUGACUUUCUUGAAAUGAGAAAAUAAUAUAGCUCCCUAACACAUUAAAAGUCAACAUUUUUCUGCUAUUCUUUAAAUUUAAACACUGAACUCCUGAAUUUAAAUCUUUAAAAGUUUUCCUGUAAUGGCUGUUGGUAGUUCAAACAAUCUGAAGUAACUAUGUGCAUUUAAAACCUAGUGUCGAUUCUUUUAUGUUCUGUGUGGCAGUGGUACACUUGUCCUUUCGAGGACCGGGUUUGGCUUUGUGACAACACUUUUGUGGACUGGAUAUGCCCUUCAAAAAGAAAAACUGCUCUCCGGAAUGGCAAUUUUUUGAAGCAUGCUCACCUGCUUAUGUAAGAAAUAAAAUGGAAUUGCAACAAAGAAUGAAAUUGAAGAAUAAACUUACAGUUCUGCUAAAACCUUGGCUUUUUAUCAUCAUGAAUCUGUGGUAUUAUCAAUACCAGAAAACAUACAUUUAUGCUGUUGAUUUUUUUAAAGAACUGUCACUCUAAUUGUGUAAAAUCGAAGAUUAAAUUGUAAAGAAAUGAAAUCCAGUAUUUUUUUUAAAAGUGAAGCCCAAAGGGCAAUUAAACUUAAGUACAAACAAAAUGUAAACAAACAAAACAAAAAUGUUCCCAUCGACUUGGGAUAUAAAGCAAUGGAGAAAUAAAAGGAAGACAGGUAUAUAUAUACUCGGGAGUCUUUCAAAAUGCCCUAGGAUUAAAUCUCACUCCGAGCUUGUUACAUGUGAUUAUAGUCCCAGAGAUGGCCACAUAGUUACAUUUAUCUUGUUUUGCAAAAGGUCCCUAAAACUAUCUAUCCUCACUCCGAGCUGCUGUUACAUGUGAUUAUAGUUCCAAAGAGAUGGCCACAUAGUCACACUCACCUUGUUUUGCAAAAGGUCCCCAAAACAUCUACUUAUUUGGGCUGGAAAACUAGCUCAUUAGAGCAAUGACAUCACUAAGAUACUCUAAUUGUCAUGGAGGAGAGGUGGGGAGGAAGGUUUUUCCAUCUGCCUGACACAAUUUCCCUUUCCUUGCCAUGACAAUGAAUAUUUUGGAACGAAGCAGAGCUCUUAAAACUGAUCAUUAUCAUUAUGGUAGCUGUCAAACGAUAAUUGUGUAGGACUUACUUACACUUUAAUGAAGAAAGAUGAAAAUUAGUUUUCUUUCCUUAAGUCAGCCCAAAGGUGCUAUUUUACCUGUCAAUACAGUUGAAAGGAAGUACUGUUAUUUUGGGCUGCAGUGUUUCCUCCACAUCUGAAGAAAGCCCAUUUGAAACUGCAUUAAAACAAACAAGGAAAAAUUAUUUUAACUGUGUGCAAUUUGGGGGAUUGAGCAUUUGUACUUUUUUCGGUUUUACCUAAUUCUCUUGCAUGAACGAUUUACUGUUUUGUGAAUAAUGUGUACUAAGACAAAGUAAGGAAGAGAAAAUAAUUACCUGUGAAAAACAGACUUUGUAUAUUAAACAAGUGAU